AUGCCUUCGCGCUGGUUUGCUCAAAGCGAGGUCGCCCCAGGUACAAUCAUCCAGCUUAGGAAAGCUAAGUGGGUAGUCCACGAGAAAGCUAGUGAGCACUGCUUCCAGCUUAACGAGGACGAUCUGCGGGACAGGCAUGACCCCUCCUUCGCCUGUACUCGUCUGAUCUGCGAAGCACGUGGACCGAAUGGGCCUGUUCAGGGUCAUAUGCGUUAUUAUAAGCAGAUCCCCAUUGAAGGAACGGAAGCUGAGCCUCCUGUCAUACGAGCCAAGCAAGCAGAAUCCUUUAGUCCACCGGAACUAGUGUACCUACGCACUUUGACCCAGAAGGGAUCUACAAUCACCCCCCGUCUGCUGGACAGCAAAGAAAACAAGCAGGAUAAUACUGGCUUUGUUCCCGGUGGAUUCGUCAUUUGGGUUGUGUGGGCAGUGGUACCAGGCCUCCAACUGGGUAAUGAUAUCGGCUCUGCACCAUUCUGGGGGCUGAGUCGAGAGGAGCGGGAUGCAGUGCGUCAAGCAUUCAAAGACACUAUCACCAAGCUUGACAACUGGGGACACUUACCUUACCCUGAACAAGCUAAGAACCUUGUGUGGGAUUCUACCACGGGAAGUUUGUAUUAUGUCGGAUUUCUUCUUACCUGCCAGGCCAAUCCACGAGCUUUCUGGUCUCCUGCCAGAUGGGCAGGUUGGGGUCUGGCAAGGCCUCCAAGGGAAUGCCGGGAUUGGAGUAGAAUCACAGAGGGCUGGGAGCUCUAG